CUCUGAAUGGAACAGCUGGUCGACAACACCAAGCGAGAGGUUCGAGAGGCGUCUGAAAAAGUCCGCAACUAGCGGCCAUAAAAGAGAUGAUUUCCAGUAGUUGAGAUUGAAGCAGUCUCGAAAGCCAUGGACCAAGAUCGUCUUCACACCAUCCCUGUAGUUCCCAGCUCCUCGUCUGCACCAAAUCAAGUCUACCCUACAAGCUUACACUUGGUCACCAGUCAAGUUCCUAUGGCGGGUUACCACCACCAGACGCACCAGCAGGUCACUGUGAUGUCCGAUAAUAAUAAGGGUCAGGCAGCGACAACGAUGCUCAACAUACCCAUUGAUUAUAGCAGCCGUCCGGCCAUUGUACACGUCCAGCCCUCCAUGAUGGCAGUGGACAGAGUGCUGAAUUCACUCAGCGACCAGGACCAAACAAGCUCGGAUCUGGAAGUCCAGUCUGUCAUGUGUCCAGAGACGAGGAAUUUGUUGCCUACCUUAAAGCAAGUUUGUCCGAGUAGAUCAUCAUCAUCCAGUAAAUCGAGCAAGUCCAGUUAUUCCCCAAUGAGGUUGCAGAUAACAAUGACUAACACCAAGCGAGGAAAUAUCCAGAGUGUCACACCAACCAGUCUUUAUAAUCUGACAGUCCAUCAGCUUGCAGCCCAAGGCGAGAUAGCCACCAUGGAUGAGAAACUCCAAGAAGAAUGCGAGUUGAACGAGUCCGAUCCGUUGGGUCGCACCCCGCUGAUGUGGGCAUGUGCUCACCGGCAGACAGAUAUCGUCAAGUAUCUCUUGAGCAACGAGGCGGACGUGAUGCGGGAGAGUGACGAGGGGGAAACGGCUUUGGCGUACGCAAGCAGCUCUGGGUGUCUGGAGAUUGUCCGUUUAUUGCUGGAAGAUGGAGCAGAUGUCAACAAACUUGAUAUGAAUGAGGGAACGCCAUUGCUGUAUGCAGUCUACAAUAACCAUCCACUGUGUGCCCGCCUGCUGCUAGAAGCCGGUGCUGACCUGACCGUACAAACUGAAGGGGGACAUUCACCGCUGAGUCUGGCUGUGGCUCUAGGUUACAGAGAAGUACAACUUGCCAUUGAGAAACACAUGAUACAACUUCUUCAAAGCUGCACAUGAUGUAGAUGCUACCCCUUGGACAGCAAGUAUCCCACCCCUUACACAUACCAAGCCCCACCCAGUAACAGUUGACCCCUUUUUUAUAUCAUCCCAAAUUGUUUAGAAUCCAUCCACUACUUUUUGCCUUUUGAGUUACAUUGUACAUUUGUAACAGGCUCAAAUACAUCAAGUCAACAAAAAGACACCGAGACGAAAGGUCGAUGUUUUUGUCCACAGUUGAAACUGUUUCCCCCAUUUGUCCACAGUUAGAAACUGCAAAAACAAAUGGCCUUGCCCUUUCAAAAAAAUGAAAUUCAGGGAUGCAGUUAUUGAGCCAGAUGUUACACUCCUGAAGCCCUCUCGGGUGCCCUGUGCUUUGGCUGUGGUGCCCUCUGCAAGAUUCCAAUACCAACUGACAUUUCCCAAAAGUGCCCCUUUCCAUCGGGAACUUGUUGAGCCCUUUCAAGAUCAAAGUUCAAGGCUUGAUAAAGUGUCAUGACAGGGACCCAAACCCACACUCUGAUGAAUUGGCCACCCAUAAUUUGAAUCUGCUGAAUUUGGUGAAUUGAACCUCACAUUGGUCAUAACAAAGCAAUUUUCGUUCACAAGGCAUUUUAUAUUGCAUCAAGAGGUUGUUGCUGACCAGCGACGUGACACUUGUUGUGAAAUCAAAUAGUAGAAGGGAGAACCAAGGUAUCCGAAUAAGCAUGAAUGAUUUUAUGAGGUGAAAUGCAAUAUUGACAGUGUGUGGCAUUAAUAUUUAAAAGCGCGGACAGAGUUAACAAAAAAAGGCCUGGUAUUUUUCCUAUCUGAUUUUCCCAUUGGUUUGCCCUCAGAAAAAAAAACAGCAAAGUUGUUUUGAAGUAGCAUGAAAAGUCUUUAAAACCCUAUCCCAUAAUGCACAUGCAGGUCUGCCUUUUUACUCCACAAAGUAUUGCUACGUUUUUGUCAAGGGCAAAAUGUUAUCCCUGUAAAAGCUAUUCACUCAAUUGGAGAUCCCUGAAUUAAAACAGCAGCUAUUUUCUCAAUAGUGAUGACCCUUCAUUAACCUUAUAUGACCCUUAUUUGACCUUAAGACAGUUUCGUUAUCUCACCAAAUUUUUUAAGAUCACGCGUCAGCAGACCUUGUUUGGAUAAAACAUUUCACAGACAGUGGUAAACUAAAUUUUAAUUUAUCAGUUUCUUUCCCUAAAAAAUAGCAAUUUUGUGUGAAGUAUUAUGUGCAACCCUAUGUGAAAAUGUAGAGUUAGAAUUUGUUUAUAUAUUAGUGUAACAUUUUUGAUAAGCAAUCUCCUGUUGAAGGGUCAAGUUGGUCUUUGGAGUUCUAGGAUUGAGGAAACUUGUGUACGUUUUACAGUAAUUAUAUUAUUUGAUAUACACAUUCAUGUAGAGGUUUUGUAAUAUUUUGCUCUCGUUUAGUUACAUUAUGAAGUAUUAAUGUUCUUUUUGUUUGUUAUAUAAGCAAAAAAUGAAUUCCAGGUUUGUUUUGAUCUGUGUUGGACAUCAGGUAAGAUUGUGUUUUAUUGAAGAUUUCCGAUGACAGUGAAGUUGCAAUAAACCAUAUUGUGAGUUGGAUUUGAGUAACGUCUGGUACAAGCACUUCGCUAGUCAUAAGUUUGGCCAGAUUUGAUUUUAGAGACAGUGGCUACAUGUACAUGUGUGUUAAAUGGUUCGUGGCAAGCAACCUCCAGAUGAGCAAACCCUGGUGCCAUUGUGCCAUACACAUCUAUUCAAAAUGUUUAAUAGCUAACUUGUAACUAAGCAAAUCAUUCUACCAGACAUUAUUCAAAUGCAACUUGCACAUCGGCUUAUUGAUUUGAAAUUAGUGCUUUCCUAGUUUAAAAAAAGUGCAGGCUUGAAAAGCCUUUUUUUUGGUUUUUCUUCAGAAGGGCUUUCCAGGAUUUAAGAUUUAGCGAACGAUAUUCGGUGAAGAGCAAUUGUAAGAGAAAAUGUUAUUUUUGAUGUGUGUUUUAAUCUGGGAUUUUUAUUUUAAAAUGUUUUUUUUUCUUCUCUUUGUUGUGAACAAAAAACAAUUAUUUAAAGUGGGACUUGAAUCUGCUACCUGUGGUUUAACAUACCUGCGCUCUACCAAGUGAGCUAUCUAGCCGUAAUGACAACAGCUUUUUUCUUUUUUGCCUCCAUGUUUGUGUUGGGGUCCCUGUACCAGAGAGUCACUAGGAAGGUGGGCUUGAAACCUAUGCGAAUAAUUCUCAGGAUUUUGCUUGUAUUUUGUGGAUUGUUGUGUCGGUAUCCAUAAUUUUUAAAAGAUACAAAUAAUGUUAGUGUUGUUUGGGUAAAAUAAAAAUUCUGUAUUUUAUUAAGAAAAAGUGUAGAACAAUCCAAUAAACAAGUUGUACAAUAAAAAUUAAUGUAGUUGCAGAAAAGACCAUGUCUACGAUAGUCUCCUACAAGUGUGUAUAGUUAUUAGAAGAACGAGCGGAAAACCAUUCAAAUCCAUAACAGAUUGGACACCCGAUUCUAUUUGUACCUCUUAAUUAUACUUCUGUUCUGUUUAUUUUACUUAUUUAUUUGUGUAUUUAUUUAUCUAUUUGUUUAUUUUGUUAUUUAUUUGUUAUUAUUAUUUUUUUUUGCGUUAUUUACUUAUUUAUUUUUUUUUUGAAGUUGUGGGUAGGUCAUUAGAAACAACUGAUUUUGUGUGUCUUUAAUCCAGUUUUCAUUGGAAAUAAUAUUUUAAAAACAACAAAAAGUUGGUGCUGGUAUUCGGUACCUUCUGAAGACCAAUGACAAAAUAAUAAAAUCAAAUAAAAGGACUCCAUAGGGAAACUUUAAAGACCAGGGUGCUCCACAAGGAUUGUGUGUACAAAGUCUAUGGGAGCAUCUUAAGUACAGGGACAAUGGAAAGAACAAAAGAUGUCUCCACACAGAUGCAUAUUUCAGGCUUUGGAGACUCCUUAGCUGUGAGAGCAUUGAUAAAGAACUGCUUCAUUUGAGGCAUUGUUGUGUUUCUUUAGCGCACAAAUUACACUUUGAACAAUCAAAAUCAAAAUUUGGGAAAACAAGUGUUGUUAUUGUUUUAUUGUUAUACUGUUCAUUAUUUUCAUUGGAUGAAUAGGUAGAUAAUUUUUGCUUUGUAAUAACUUUCAAAAUAAACCUUGUUGUUGAGAAAUUAAGUAUAAGCAAACCAGGGGCCAAAGUUACGGCUAAGAGAAUUAACUGUUUUGUUAUCAGAAAUAUUUGAAAAUAAUUGGUAGUGAAUUGUUUUUAAUAAUGUACAUAUUGUGAGAGUAGGCUUUUGUUGUUUGUAAAUACAUGAAGAUAACAA